ACAAAGAUAUAUCUAGCCUUAUAAUCCAAUUCUUCUCUAUGGGAAGCCAAAUGAAGAAGCAAUGGCUUCAAUUUGCUUGUGUUUUGACAUUUUUCUUGAUUGCCACAUGCACUAUGGCAUAUUCACCUUACAAUUCUUAUGAAUCAUCAGAUUCAACAUACAAUAAAGUACCAACCACAGUAGUCAAAAGUGAAGACUUCAAGGUACCCUCAGAGUCGGAAAAGGAAUAUAAGUCGUCAUUUUUGCCAAAAAAUGAUUACUACAAGAAGCCAUCAAUUUUAGAGGAAAACUAUAAGAAAGUGUCACUUGUUCCCGAACAUGAAUCAUUCUUGCCAAAGAAUGACUACUACAAGAAGCCAUUAUUUUCGGAAGAUAACUACAAGAAGGAGUCAUAUGUUCCAGAGGUACCCUCGAAGGAUAAACCAGAAUAUAAGGAGUCAUUUUUGCCAAAAUUUGACUACUUCAAGAAGCCAUCAUUUUCCGAAGACAACUACAAGAAGACGUCAUAUGUUCCAGAGGUACCCUCCAUGGCUAAACCAGAAUAUAAGGAGUCAUUUUUUCCAAAAUUUGACUACUUUAAGAAGCCAUCAGUUUCAGAAGAUAACUACAAGAAGACGUCAUAUGUUCCAGAGGUACCCUCGAUGGCUAAACCAGAAUAUAAGGAGUCAUUUUUUCCAAACUUUGACUACUUCAAGAAGCCAUUAGCUCCAGAAGAUAAACACAAGAAGGCACCAUAUGUUCCAGAGGUAUCCACAGAGCCUAAACCGAAAUACAAGGUACCAUCUUUGCCAAAGAAUGACUACUAUAAGAAGCCAAUAAUUUCAGAAGAUAACUAUAAAAAGGUGUCAUAUGUUCCAAAGGUGCCCUCAGUGCCUAAUGAAGAAUACAAGGCACAUACUUUGCCAAAAAAUGAUUACUACAAGAAGCCAUCAGUUCCAGAAGAAAACUACAAAAAGGUACCACUUGUUCCAAAGGUUCCCUCAGUGCCUAAAGAAGAAUACAAGGUGCCUUCUUUGUCAAAAAAUAACUACUACAAGAAGCCAUCGGUUUCUGAAGAUAACUACAAAAAGGUUUCAUAUGUUCCAAAGGUGCCCUCCGUGCCUAAAGAAGAAUACAAGGCGCCUUCUUUGUCAAAGAAUGAAUACUACAAGAAGCCAUCACCUUCUCCAUCACCACCACCACCUCCAUAUUAUUAAAUUUCUUUUCAUGUUCAACAUGGAUGUUUAAUUGAAGUCCUUCUCCAGCUCAACAUAUAUAACUCGUGGAGUUCUCAUAUUAUGAGUUAGAAGGCAUGAUAUCAAAAUGUGUAUUUAUUUAUUUA